AUGCUAGUCAAAUCAGUUCACGCCGAGAACCAUCUCUCCCACCUGCAAGAAUGCUUCAAGACGCUGAAUGACUAUGGGAUGAAGCUCAACCCAGCGAAGUGCACCUUCAGCGUCACCUCGGGCGAAUUCCUUGCCUACAUUGUCACCCAGCGAGGCAUCGAAGCGAACCCCAAACAGAUCACAGCGAUCCUUGACCUUCAAAGCCCGAAGAACAGUCGUGAAGUACAGCACCUAUCCGGGAGGAUCGCAGCCCUCAACAGGUUCAUCUCACUAUCUACUGACAAAUGCCUUCCCUUCUACGAACUCCUGCGAGAAAAUAAGAGGUUCGUCUGGGACGAGAAAUGCGAAGUAGCGUUCAAUCAGCUAAAGCACUAUCUCACAACGUCUCCGGUACUAUCAAAACCCGAGGCUGGCGAUACCCUAUCCCUCUAUAUCGCCGUCACAUCUUCAGCGGUCAGUAGCGUCCUCAUCUGA